CAGUAUUUUCUCGUUAGCUGACUGGUUGCUGAAUAUCAGAAGUUCGUGGAAUAUGGCUGCAUCCAGAGGCGGCGGUGUUGGUCCAAUUGGAUAUGUAGCAGAAAUAGUUGGGGCCUCUGAGCCUGCACUUAGGUUACUGUUUACUAUAUUAUUGGGUUAUCCUUUGGCACUUUUACAUCGUAAUUUUUUAUUUGGAAAGUCUUCCACUGUACAGCAUAUAUUCUUCGUUUUUUGUGGAUUAUCUCUAGGUUAUUUCAAUUAUGGAACUGAUAUCCUUCAUUCUGUUGCAUGUGUCAUCAUUAUAUAUGUACUUCUUGUUACCAUUGGUGGUACAUUUAAAUCAGUUGUCAUUUCAUUUGCUUUUCUCAUGGGAUAUUUAAUAUUCGGUUAUUAUAUUACUGGAACUGAUGAUUACGAUAUCAAAUGGAGCAUGCCUCAAUGUGUAUUAACAUUGCGAUUAAUUGGGCUGGCUUUUGAUGUGUAUGAUGGACAGAAAGAUCCAGAGAAACUGCCUCAUGAUCAAAAAAAGACUGCCUUAAAAAAGUGUCCCACAUUAUUGGAAGUUGCAGGUCAUACUUAUUUUUUCGGUGGUUUCAUGGUUGGUCCGCAGUUUCCUAUGAAGAGGUAUAUUGACUUUAUUGACGGUUCCUGUCCUGCCAAAACUCAGUCUGGAAAACCAUCCUGUGUUGAAGCUGCUAUAAAACGUUUAGGUCUUGGGAUAUUAAUUUUAAGCAUUUAUCAAGUAGGCUGUAUAUUUGUUCCUGAAAGAGCUAUUCUUUCAGAUGCAUUUAUGGCUUAUCCUCUGUGGAGGAAACUCAUAAUUAUUGGAAUAUGGGGAAAAAUUGCUUUAUAUAAAUACAUUGCUUGCUGGUUAAUUUCUGAAGGAACUUGUAUAUUGACUGGCAUGACCUACAAUGGCAAAGAUAAAAAUGGAAAUGAUCUAUGGGAUGGAUGUGCUAAUGUAAAAUUAUGGGAUUUUACAAAAACUACAACAUUUGAAGGCAUUAUUAAGUCUUUCAAUAUCAACACAAAUCUUUGGGUUGCACAGUAUGUGUUUAAGCGUUUGAAGUUUCUUGGUAAUCGAUAUAUUUCACAAGGUGCAGCUCUUUUGUUCUUGGCAGUUUGGCAUGGUUUACAUUCUGGUUACUAUGUUUGUUUCUUCAGUGAAUUCAUUGUUAUGUAUCUUGAGAAAGAUGUAAGUGAAAUAUACUUUUGUUUUAAACUCAGUGUUUUAAAUUGAAGAUUUUUAAAAUGC